AUGAAGCCAUCCUCGUGGCCCUCAUGGGCCAUUCUUUGGGCGAUGCUGCCCCUAGCCGCGGCAAUGAAGCUUGCGCAGGAGUCGAACACGUCGAUGGAUGGCACCCACAGCAUCCAUGCAAGCUCGGGGCAUCUUAGCAACGGCUCCACAAUGGAUGUCGAAGCCGCUCUGGUCCUUCGCUCCUCAAAAGCCUCAGCUUACAAAGCCAACUCUUCCAAAGACCAGGAUCUGGAUGCCGUGGUGUCAGCAAAGUUCAUCUCCGAUGUGGGAAAUGCCAUUGUCUCCGGAGGCAGCGCGGUUGUGAAUGCGGGAACCCAAGGGAUCAACGCCAUAGCGGACGCAGGCUCCGUCGCUGUCAACACGCUGAAGGACGCAGGCAUGACCAUUGGCACCGCUGUUGCGAAUGGAGCCCAGGUGGUUGGGAGGCAUGUGGUGAGGGCAGCCGAAGUCAAGCUUUCGAGCCUGGCGCCGGCGAUCUUGGACGUGGCAAACGACCUGGGACGUGUGGCAGUUACAGUGGGCAACUCAGUGGCGGAUGUCGGGGAGAUGGUUGCAGAAACCACGGUUCACUUGGCAGGUACUGCGUUGGAGCACGCAAAGGCAGGGGUGAAUCAAGGAGUCAAAAUGGCCAGCAAGGUGGGAGAUGCGAUUGCCAACAAGAUGCAGGAGCUGGGAGAGGGGGUCGCCAAGCUUGGGCCUCUGGUCGUCGGCCUGGCGAAAACCGCCUGGGAUGGAAUCAAGGAUUUCCUCAGUUGUCUCGCGGACGCCUUGUCGCUCUGCUCCAUCUUGAUCGGCGAUGCUUGCGACUGCAACGCUGGAAGCUCCAUCACCAUCUCGAACGGCUUGCAAAUGAGAUGCAUCUUCAAGACCACCGGCUUUGGGACGGGCUUCGGGGUUACGGCCUCCUCUGGCGCCCCCUUUGGCGUGAAGGCCGUGAACGGCCGGAUCAUUCUGCCUGGAAACGAGUUCAGCCAAGGUUUCCGUGCGAAAGGGACGAGUCUCAAAUCGCGCACGGCCCUGAGAUCCUUGAAGUCCAAGGCGCCCCGCGGGUCCUGCGAAACGAGCCUCGAGCUGGCUCUCGAGGGCGUGGUGCAGUUUGCCCCGGAGCUGACCGUGACUCUGGCGACCAACGGUGACACCACGUUCACGAUCAGGGGGUUGGUUCGCGCAUCGAUCGAUGCCCUUGUCAAAGCAGAAGGGGGCUGUGCCUUUACGGCCGAGAAGCGCUUCCCGGAGAAGCCCAAGAAGAAGAUCAUUUGCGGUACAGGCUUCUGCCUUGUCAUUGCACUCCAGAUGGUCGCUGAGCUCGAGAUGAAGGGCACGCUCACAGGGACCGUCGAGACCGGGGCCUCCGUGGACUUCGACGUCUCGGGCAUUGUGAGCAUCAGCCCCAGCGGGGACGCCGAUGUGUCCUUCAGCAGCCCAUCGAUUUCACACCAGGAGGGCUUCGCGAUUGGUGCCAGCGCCAUGGCCUCCGUGCGCGUGGGCGCCGGGCCGGUCCUCACGGUCUGGCCGAUGCCGGGUGUGCCCGUGACCUUCAACCCCAUGUUCCACGCGGAAGCCAAAGCCCAGGGUACACUGACUUUCAGGUCGGGAAUGUUACUUCUCCAGGACUCUCAGCAGGCCAAGGCGACCACGGACUCCGAUGUGACCUCGGUCUUCACUUCGAACAUGACCUCGGACGCCACCUCACCUGUGUUGAGCAUGUGCGGUGCAGCGGCCCUGUCCAUCUACGCCGACACCGAAAUCACAGCCUUCGCGCUGCCCCCCGCAUUCCGGGCCUCGUUCUCGACAGAGGGGAUCCAGGACGCCAUCAAGGAGGCUGUGCUGGCUGGAGCCCAGGCCUUGUUGAACAUGAUGACCGGCGUGGCCGAGUGUAUCCCGGGCAUGAGCACGGUGACCAGCGUCAUCACCUCGGCGGCCGACGCGGCCUCAGAGGCGCUCUCGUCGCUGAUCCCCACCAUCAACCUGGACAUGAACCUGCCCUCCCUGCAGCUGAUGGCCCCUAUCAAGUUCUUCUGCAAGGAGGUCUACACGACACCCGGGUUCUCGACGGCGCCCUGCGCGGCGGAGUUGGGGUGCAAGACCGCGGGCCGCACCCCGGAACCGGGGAACGAGCUGCCGCCGCCCGAGCAGGUGACGAACCACGCUUCGCCCACCUCCGUCGCAUCGACCUGCCACGACUUUCCCAUGGGGGAUCGCUUCAUUCAGAUCGGGAAGUGGCGUCUGGCCGCCAUUGACGACGGUCACUUCUCGAUCUCGCACCAGGGUGGCAGAACGGCGCAGAUCUUCCGGAGCGAUGGCACCCUCCACCCUGGCCCCCGCAGUGACUAUGGCGGAUGGGGGAGGAGCAUCGGAGCCUCCAAGGGGAUCAAGUUCGGGUUCCAGUUCAUCCAGAUUGGCAACUUCCGCCUUGGCGCGGUGGACGAUGCUCACUUCUCACUUUCGUGCCCCGGCACGUUGGGUGACUGGGGCACCUUUGACCGCCACGAGGGGAACCCUGCAGGCAUCAGCUUCGGUGACAGGUUCCUUCAGCUGGGCAAGUUCCGUCUUGGGGAUGCCGACGGAAACCACUUCCUGGUGUCUCAUAUAAAUGGGCAGACCAUGCAGAUCUACCGUAGUGAUGGCACCCUGCACCCCGGGCCCCGCACAGACUGGACCAGUCGGAUUACGAGCCGGGGCCCCGCUCCUUGGACCUGCAAGGACAUUGCGGAGAUGGCCUAUGGAGUCUGCGAUCCGGACUUCGGGUCGUGGGGAGAUCGCUUCAUCCAGCUCGGGGAGUGGCGCUUGGCGGCGAUUGACGCCACCCACUUCUCGAUCUCGCACAAGGCCGGGAAGACGGCCCAGAUCUACCGCAGCGACGGCACCCUUCACCCGGGGCCCCGCUCAGACUGGGGGUCCUGGAGCCGGCCGAUCGGCUUCCCUUACGGCAUCACCUUCGGGCCGGGCUUCGUCCAGAUCGGGAACUUCCGCCUGGCAGCGAUGGACAACAGCCACUUCACCAUCUCCCACCGCGAGAACGAUGGGACGACGGCCCAGAUCUACAGGAGUGAUGCCACAAUGCACCCGGGGCCGAGAAGCGACUGGGACGGCUGGGGCCUCAGCGCUGGUCCUCCGAUUGGUAUCAGCUUCGGCGAUCGCUUCCUGCAGAUUGGGCAGUUCCGACUCGGGGAUGCGGAUGGAGGGCACUUGAUGUUGACCCACGAGAAUGGCAAGACCCUCCAAAUCUUUCGGUCCGACGGCCAACUCGUUCCGAUCCAGAAUUACAGGGCCGGCUGGGUCAAUGCUCGCUAUCCCCAGUGGCAUUGUGGGAACAUCUACGAGAUCCUGGGCACCUGCCCCGGAAUCGUCACGGGCCAGGUCGGAUGGGUGGGCCGCGGCAACGGGGCUGGGCUCCCAUUGGCCGUCUUUGGCCCAAUAUUGCCCAAAAGGACGCGUGUGGAGUUGGCCCACAGCUUGCGUUCGCUCACCAGAAGCCAGCAGAACUGGACUAACCCCUUCAGGCUCUAA